CGACCAGGGUUUGCUUUUCUUCUUCGUUGCUGUUGGACUUCGCCUGCUUCGCGUCAGAGACGUUCCCUUCUUGUCAGAUCGGAAGUAUUACGUUCCAAGACGUUCUUCCUGUUGGAUCGGAAGGAGCGACGGGAGCUUGCUCGCUGCGAAGUGCCGAGGAAGAAGCUUUUUUGGGGAUUUCUUUGUGCAAUGGGCUAUUAAGAAAAGUGGAAUGAAAGAGGAAAAAUAUCUCUAUUGAAAACUUUCUGAAACGGUAUUCUAUUAUUUUAUCCGACUAACUUUGACAUUGGAUUCUUAUACGUAAAUUGGGGCAAUGUUGGAAAAAAUUGGUUUGCCUGCAAAACCAUCAAUGCGAGGAGCAAAUUGGGUGAUUGACGCAUCACACUGUCAGGGUUGUUCUUCUCAGUUCACCUUUUUUAAUAGAAAGCAUCACUGCCGCAGAUGUGGUGGCAUAUUUUGCAAUAGCUGCACCCAACAAAGAAUGGUUUUACGUGGGCAAGGCGAUUCUCCAGUAAGGAUAUGUGAUCCCUGUAAAAAGCUUGAAGAGGCUGCUCGAUUUGAGCAGAGAUAUGGACAUAAGAAUCGUGCUACAAAAGGUAAUUCCAAGCAGAUACUAAAGACUGAGGAUGAACUUCUUGGUGAGAUUUCAGGAACUAAUGGGAAGCAUUUGAUGCCUUCUAGAAAUGAACCGCACAUCCUUUUGGAUUCCCAAGGAACCUCAAGUACCUCCAAUGCAAGUUCGAGUGUGUUAUCAGAUAAUUCAGGUGGAGGAGUUUGUAGUAUUUCUGUUGAAGGGCGUGAUGAUGUCCUCAUUGAUAGUGAAGGCAGUAGCCCAGAGGAUUUACGCCAGCAAGCAAUGGAAGAGAAGAAAAGGUAUAGGAUUCUGAAGGCAGAAGGCAAGUCUGAGGAAGCACUUAAAGCCUUCAAACAUGGGAAAGAAUUAGAGCGGCAAGCUGGUGCUCUGGAGAUUGCAAUUAGGAAAAACCGUAGAACUGCUGGAAAAGUUUCAAACAGCAGCAGCAGCAGGGUUAGCACGGAUAGUAUGGAUGACAAUGAAGCACUUGACAGUCAGAAAAAAGUCACCUCGUCAAGGAAUAAAGAGGUGAAGAAGGAUGAUCUCUUCACCGAGCUUAAGCAACUGGGGUGGUCUGAUGCUGAACUUCAUGAUGCGGGAAAAAAGCCAGUCAAGCUUAGCUUGGAAGGUGAACUCUCGAAUCUUCUGGGAGAGACUUUUCAGAAAUCAGAAAUUGGUAGGAAAAAAGGUGGUGUUGAUAAUACUCAGGUUGUUGCUCACAAGAGGAAGGCUUUAUUAUUAAAACGAGAAGGAAAGCUUGCUGAAGCUAAAGAAGAACUGAAGCAGGCUAAGAUAUUGGAAAAGCAGCUUCAAGAGCAGGAGUUUCUGGUUGAGGCUUCAGAUUCGGAGGAUGAGCUCUAUACUUUAAUACAGAAUAUGGGCAAUGACAAUCAAGAUGAUCUAAUGUUAGAUAAUGAUCUUGAUGUUGGUGCAAACUUUGAACACUUUCUUAGUGCCUCGGAUGAUAUACCUAUUGAUGACAAUUUAGAGGUAACAGAGGAUGAUAUGAAUGAUCCAGAGAUUGGUGAUGCCUUGAGAUUAUUUGGUUGGUCUGAACAAGAUGAUCAGCAUGAACAAAGGGAUGCAUCAGAAUCUGUUCCUUUCGAUCAAGAAGGAUUGCAAGCCAAAAUCCUUAAUCUGAAGAAGGAGGCGCUUAGCCAGAAACGGGCUGGAAAUGCUCCUGAAGCAAUGUCUCUUCUUAAGAAGGCAAAGCUUCUUGAACAGGACCUUGAAACCUUUCAGUCUGAUACAAAUAUGCCUGAACCGGGAUUUCCACAGAAGAUGCAUGAUAAUCAAAUUAAUGCACCUAAAAGUAAGAUGGUGAUUCAGAAGGAGUUACUAGCCUUGAAAAAGAAAGCACUUACUUUGAGAAGGGAAGGACGUUUAGAGGAGGCAGAAGAGGAACUAAAAAAGGGCAAGGUUCUUGAGCAGCAGUUGGAAGAGCUUGAGAAUACUUCAAAGAAACAUGUAAAUAUACCAACCCAGAAACGCAUGGAGCCUACCCGUGUCCAAGAUAGUGCUAUUGGCACCUUUGAUCUUGGAGUAGAUAGUGCAGAAAUAGAUGUAACUGAACAAGAUAUUCACGAUCCUGCAAUGUUAUCAGCUUUGCAGAACUUGGGGUGGAAUGAUGAUGAAUCUGUUUCGCUAAUCGGAACAAAUUUUGCUUCCAAUCCAUCCAACAGCCAAUCUGUGAAUGAAAGUGUGCCUGCUGCAAUGCCUUGGAAGUCGAUGAAAAACAAAGCAGAAAUUCAGAGGGAAUUAUUAGCUAUUAAAAGGAAGGCCCUUUCCUUGAGACGUCAAGGGAAGACCGAGGAAGCUGAGGAAGAGUUGGAGAGGGCAAAGGAUCUGGAAAAGCGAUUGGCAGACCUGGAAUCACGAAGUUCAGGAUCUCUGGUUCAGCCGGAAACACAUAAUAUUGUUAAUGAUAAUUCAAGUAGAAUAUUGGAUGUCAAAACGAAUAAGAUACUUGACACUGCAAAACCUCCUGAAGCACUUUCUGUUCUAGGUUCUAAAGUACAGUCACCUGAAACAUAUAGUUCUGAAGUUGAAAUGGCAAGGGAAGCUGUCUCUGUUUUACCUGAACUGGGUCAAAAUAUUGGAGUCAAGAGCAAACGGAAUGGUGAACAUGUUUCACUUAAAAUUGAAAAUUCCUUUAGUAUUAUGCACGAAACUAAUGGGAUCAGCGGUUACAGAGAUGAGAUCCUAGCUCAUAAGAGAAAUGCUCUUGCUCUGAAGAGGGAAGGAAAGUUGAUGGAAGCCAGAGAGGAACUCAGAAAAGCAAAGCUUUUGGAAAAGAGUCUUGAAGAAGGUCAGGAAAGCUGUAAAGAUGAUAAGCCUGCUCUAGUUUCUACUUUUGAAAGCACUUCAAUUGUGCAAGAAACCAGUAGAACUCAUUUGCAGAAACCAUCAAGUCGCGACCGUUUCAAACUGCAGCAGGAAUCCCUCGCUCAUAAGCGCAAUGCUUUGAAGCUGCGAAGAGAAGGAAAGAUACAGGAAGCAGAGGCUGAGUUUGAAAAGGCUAAAGAACUUGAGAAUCAAUUGGAAGAAUUUGGUGCCCAGGCUCCUAGCAGUAGUGUCAUAGGCAUUGAUGCCGUUGGGGAUCUUCUUGAUCCUCAGCUCAUGUCUGCCCUUAAAUCCAUUGGAUGGGAUGAAAAGGAUCUUGUAUCCAAAACUUCAGAGAAUCCACAAUCCCAGUUAGCCAAGGAAAAGGUUCCAGAUCAAUCUAACCUGGACAGAUUCCACCUUGAAGAACAGAUAAAGGCUACUAAGCUUCGUGCUCUUAAUCUGAAGAGAGCUGGAAAACAAGAUGAAGCUCUUGAAGCUCUCCGUUCCGCGAAAAAACUCGAAAAGAAAUUGGGUUUGAUGACUUGAAAAACUGAUAUUUAUCCUUUCAAUGUUUUCAUCAUGCAAUGAAUUUAACUUGAGUUAGGAUAGAGCUUGUGAGAAGCUGAUCUGCAAAAAAUAAUUCAGCCUUGAAGGUCAUGAAACCAUGAGCCCACAAUCAUCUGGAUGAAUUUCAUGGCUAUAUUGCUUUGUACAUUGGAGAUUUUAGUGGCUGAUUUGUACUGUGAUUAGAGUCCUCAAAGGUUGUUAUAUACUUGCAAUAAAUAUUAUAAAGUUGUGCUGCUAGCAUUCUUAUGGUUUAUGGCUUCCAGUGACAGCACUCAGUGUGUUGUCAAUUUUACUGAACAUACUUGAAGAAUUUAUUCUAUAACAAUUCCUCUAUAGCAGAUUUGAGUUGCAAAA